AUGAACCUACUACGACCUCUAUACACCAUCAUACUUACUAAUCUCCGUGUUCUUACUACCAUUUUAGAUGUCGUAGAUAUACUUAUUCACUGCGCUGGAUUUGCUGUCGCCAAGACCUUUCUAUCAACCCCGGCGGAGGCCUUCGAUGAACAGAUGGCUGUCUCCUACUUGGGUCCUGCCCACGUGACCAAAGUUCUCUUGCCAAAAAUGCUCAUACCGGCCGCAGAUGGCUCCGUGCAGCCAAAGGACAGACGUAUAGCCUUUUUCAGUAGUAUCGGUGGCCAGCUAAGCAUAUAUGGUUACUCGGGCUAUGCUGCCAGCAAGUUUGCUAUCAGGGGUUUCGCCGGCGUUCUGCGUCAGGAGCUGGAACCGACUGGCAUUCUUGUCACCACUGUCUACCCACCGGAUACUGACACGCCUGGUUUUGCUAACGAGAACAAAGACAAGCCGCAUGUCACGGAGAUAAUUAGCGGUCCCGCUGGUCUCUGGUCGCCCGAUGUUGUGGCCGCCCAUGUAAUGCACGACAUUCUCGUGGGUAGAGCUGAGAGCGUGCAGGGCGUUGUCGGCUGGGCAAUCCUCUUGGCAACUUCUGGCAUAAGUCUACCGCACGAG